GCAUCGGGGCUGCGGGAGGGAUGGGGAGCCGGAGCGUGGCGUGGCUGCUGGGAGUCGCCAUCCUCCUGGCGGCCACUGUCUCCUGCAAUCACACCAUCCGAGGAACCAGUAGACCCUCUAAAGGAAGAAGUCUUAUUGGUAAACACGAUGAUGCACGCGAUAAGAUUGAUGAUACACCAGACACCACCGAAAAAGGAGUUGCAAUUGAACCAGCCUUUAAAGUGGAUGAAUUUUCUGUGUCCGUUCUUACUGGAAAGCUGACUACAGUCUUUCUCCCAAUUGUCUACACAAUUGUAUUUGCGGUUGGUUUGCCAAGUAAUGGCAUGGCCCUGUGGGUCUUUUUUUUCCGAACAAAGAAGAAGCACCCCGCUGUGAUUUACAUGGCCAAUCUGGCCUUGGCAGACCUCCUCUCUGUCAUCUGGUUCCCCUUGAAGAUUGCCUAUCACAUACACGGCAAUAACUGGACGUACGGGGAAGCUCUCUGCAAGGUGCUCAUUGGCUUUUUCUAUGGCAACAUGUACUGUUCCAUUCUUUUCAUGACCUGCCUCAGCGUGCAGAGGUAUUGGGCUAUCGUGAACCCCAUGGUGCACCCCCAGAAGAAGGCAAACAUUGCCAUCGGUGUCUCCCUGGGAAUCUGGCUGCUGAUUCUGCUGGUUACCAUCCCUUUGUAUGUCAUGAAGCAAACCACCUACAUCUCAAACCUGAACAUCACGACCUGUCAUGACGUUUUGCCUGAGGAGCUGUUAGUUGGGGACAUGUUCAAUUAUUUCCUCUCCCUGGCCAUUGGCGUCUUUCUGUUUCCAGCCUUCCUCACAGCUUCUGCCUACGUGUUGAUGAUCAGAACGCUGCGAUCUUCUGCUAUGGAUGAGAACUCGGGGAAAAAAAGACGGCGAGCCAUCAAACUCAUUGUCACCGUCCUGGUCAUGUACUUGGUCUGCUUCACUCCUAGUAACCUCCUGCUUGUGGUGCAUUAUUUCCUGAUUAAAAGCCAGAAAGAGAGCUACGUCUACCCACUGUACAUCGUAGCCCUCUGCCUCUCCACCCUCAACAGCUGCAUCGACCCCUUUGUCUAUUACUUUGUCUCACAGGAUUUCAGGGACCAUGCAAAGAACGCUCUCCUCUGCCGAAGCGUCCGCACUGUAAACCGAAUGCAAGUUUCCCUCACCUCCAAGAAAUUCUCCAGAAAAUCCAGCUCUUACUCUUCAAGUUCAACCAGUGUAAAGACCUCCUAUUGAGUUUCUCAGCUGCUCAAAUGGAAAUUUGCAGUAGGACUUGGAACCUGUUUAUCAGGAUGGGUGGUAUUUUCCAGUCCAGCAGGUCUCACCGCAUGUAUGCAUGCCUCUCAGGAUGGCUGGAGGCUUUCUUCUUUGCAUGAGAAAAGUCCCCCAAAGGAACAUAGAUGUCAGUUUCAGAAUUCCUCCUCUCAGACUGCUCCCAGAAACUGAACUGACAGAAGCUGUCUUUUUAGAAGGUGAUAAAAAGACAGUGACUCAAGGACCGCAAAAGCAAGACCUAAUGUAAAGAAUAAGUGUUUAGCUGAAAUGGCAUUUCUUUCACAUCUGGGGGCCAUCAUAGCCUUGCUAGGGCUUGAGGGCCCUCAGAGAUGGUAAGUCUAAUUGACUGGCUUUACAGAUGAGAAUAAAGAGGUAAAUGAGCUGCCCACAGGCAGGUUUCAACAGCAGUGGGUUUGGAUUAGAUAGCAGAAUUCCGAAGUCCAGCAAAUGGGGUUCUUGUCUCACUUCAUCUAAACCUUGGUGGAUCUUGUUGACAACACCUGUUAUCCUGGGCCAGCUGGUAGCAUGGUGGCUAAGGUGGCUGGAUUCCACAUGGCCAUCUAUGCAAUUCAAGUCCCA